AUGCUUACAAAUAUCCCUGGAACUGUAGCAUAUUUGGAUGACAUUCUGGUUGUCGGUCAUACGGACGAGGAGUUACUCGAAAGUCUUGACAAGGUCAUGGAAAAUCUUAUUGACAAUGGCCUAGAAAUCAACAUGGAAAAGAGCGAGUUCCUGCGGAAAGAAAUCCACUACUUGGGUUUUGUGGUAAGCGAGGCAGGACGCUCACCCGAUCCAGGGAGAGUUUUCACAUUUAAGAACGUGAAGGUGCCCCACGAUGUUCGAGAGCUACAAGCAUUUAUGGGUCUGUCUAAAACUACCGUUAAACCGCCUACUUUGCAAAGAUGCGAAAUUCGAAUGGGCUCCUGA